AUGAUCUCUAGUUUCACUUCUUUAGGUUCAAGACCUUUACUUUUAAGUAGCGGUAUUGCAGUAACUGCAGCAGCUGCAGUUUAUUUUUCCACUGGUUCAAGAUUGGCUAACGAGGCUCUUCAUAAUAAAACUUUUAAAGGAUUUAAAGGUCCUGCAAGUACAUGGGUAGAUUUACCAUUAGUAAAAUUUGAAGAUUUGUCUCAUGAUACAAGAAAGUUCACAUUUAAAUUACCAAACGAUGAUGAUGUUAGUGGUAUUUCACCAUUGUCUUUUCUAUUAGCAAGACCACACGGUACUUGGUCAUUACGUGGCAUUAGACCUUAUACCCCUGUGUCUUUGCCAGAAACUCAAGGUGUUAUUGAAUUUGUUAUUAAACAUGUUCCAAAUGGUGGAAUGUCUUCUCAUAUGUUUAGUUUGAAACCUAAUGAUACUGUAUCAUUUACUGGUCCAAUUGUUAAAUAUGAAUGGAAACAAAACAAGUUUGAUUCGGUUACUUUAUUAGGUGCAGGUUCUGGUAUUACUCCCUUAUAUCAAUUGAUGGGAUCUAUCUUAAGUAAUCCAGAAGAUAAGACUAAAAUUAAUUUAUUUUAUGCAAACAAAACUUCAGACGAUAUCCUAUUGAAGAAAGAAUUGGAUGAAUUUCAACAAAAAUUCUCUGAUAGAGUUAAAAUUCAUUAUUAUUUAAGUCAACCUAAAACUAAGGACAUUGCUUCUACUGGAGCUAAAAAGGGGUUUAUUGCUAAAGAAGAUAUAGAAUCUUUGGCUCCAGCCUCUAAUGAAAAUACCCAUGUAUUCGUUUGUGGACCAGAGCCAUUUGUCAAAGCAUACGCUGGUCAACAAGGUCCAUUAUUUUUCCAAGGUUCCUUUGGUGGUAUCUUGAAAGAAUUGGGUUACACCAAGAGCCAAGUUUUCAAAGUUUGA